UAAAAGUAACUAUCAGAAGGGAGUAAUUGUUAAAUUCAUUUAGCCCAGUUGUAGCCACCACACACUCAGAAAUGGCUCCAACUAGUGAUACAGAUGAUAGGAACGACGCCGUUUCAUCUAACCCGUUUACGGAGGAAACAACCGCCACCAAGAAGCAGCGUUUGAACUCCUCCACCGGAACCCUAACUUCACCGGCACCAUCUUCCUCCGACACUUCCGAAGAUUCCGCUCACGCGACGCAACUUCCCACUCUUCCGUUCGAGAUUAUGGUAGAAAUUCUCUCCAGGCUUCCCGUGAACUUUCUCAUGCAACUCCAAUCCGUCUGUAAGUCCUGGAAAUCUCUCAUUUCCGAUCCCAAUUUCGCCAAGAAACACUUUCGCUUGUCAACAACGCGCCACCAUCUCCUCAUAACCUACACCAACCCCUCUCGCGAGUUCGUCCUCACGGCUUAUCCUCUCUCAUCCCGCUUCACCGAACUGACCGCCACCACCGCCACACAGCUAGAGUACCCUCUGAUCAAUCGAAACCGAUUUGAUCAAAUUGUUGACUCUUGCCACGGCAUCCUCUGUUUCGCACUCGAUCAACGUUUCGCUCUAUUGUGGAACCCUUCCAUUAGGAAAUUUACGAAAUUGCCCUCUUUGGAUAAUCCAAAACUAAAGGGGAGUUACACUAUAUAUGGAUUUGGCUAUACUCAUUUCAGUGACAGUUACAAGGUGGUUGCUGUUUACUGCUAUGAAUCUGAUGGCAGUUACAAAACUCAAGUGAAGGUUCAUACUUUGGGUACCAAUGCUUGGAGAAAGAUUCAGGAUUUCCCUUCGGGUGUCCCUUUUGACGACUCAGGAAAAUUCGUGGGUGGAACUAUUAAUUGGUUGGCAUCUAGAGAUUCAUUCUUUUCAUGUGUCAUUGUUUCUCUUGAUUUGGAGAAGGAAUCUUAUCAAGAUUUGUUGCAGCCUGAUUAUGGAGAAGUGGUUGUGCUUACUAUAUCCUUAGGAGUCUUGAGGGAGUGCUUGUGCAUACUUUCUCAUAGUGAUACUUUUUCAGAUGUUUGGCUUAUGAAAGAGUAUGGAAAUAAAGAUUCUUGGACUAAAUUGUUCCAUGUUCCUUACAUGGGAGAUCUUGGGUCUUGUCCUUAUACCAAGGUACUAUAUGUUUAUGAGGAUGAUAAGAUACUGCUGGAGUGUCAUUCUGGGUUGGUUGUUUUGGUUGUUUACAAUGCUAGAGAUAGUACUUUUAAAACUCAUGAAAUUCAAAACAAUGGUUGGAUGGUUCCUCAAAUCUAUCAAGAGAGUUUGGUAUCACCUUGUUCUUAAUAAUAGAACGUAUGUAGUAAUGUAGAUGCUAUGUUAUGCAACUUGUGUAAGAGGUUUAUGAAGAACCAAUCUACUGGAUUUUUCAACUUCAUGACUGCAAUUUGUAUGUUAAUUUCUGUUUCUGUUAUAUAGCUUAUAUUGUUCAUUAUGAGUUGAAGAAAUAUGUUGCUUGAGGAACUGUGUAUUAGGUUUAAUAUGUUCGAUAGUUAAGAGUUUUUUGUUGGUUCUUCAACUGUA